CCACUCAAGAGCAUCAUUCCCUUCCUUCCUACUGGUACAUAACCCAAUCAACCCACGCUAUCUCCACUCCUACUUGGACAUCCUCGCCUCCUCCAACUUCCCAAUUAAGUACCACAAACCUAGAAAAGACAGAAACAACAAAUCCACCAAGAUGAAGCUCCUAACCCUCAACUUCCUCACCUGCGCCAUCAAAACCUGCAAAUCGUCGCCCUCGUCCUUCCCCUUGCACCCGCGCGACGCAGAGCUCGAAAUCGUCGAGGCCGACCUGAACCUCAAGUUCCUGGAGAAUAUCCUGCCGAGGCUGAUGUGGGAUGAGCUGAGAGUUGUGGUUGACGAGCUCGGUCUCCCAACCCUCCCGCCAACUAUUCCCACGAGAGCAGACCUCGUCGCGCCCUCCUCCCCCACCUCCUCAUCUUCUUCAUCCGAUCCGGCUCCCAGCCAAACCGCGCGCGAUCUUCACCGCAUACUUAUCGAGACGUGUGUGAGGGAGGGGAAACUGGUGUGUGGGAACUGUGGACACGAGUAUGCGGUUAAGGAGGGGGUUGCGAAUUUCUUGCUGCCGGCGCAUUUGGUUUAGGUGGUGACAGGGAAGAAAGGAGGGAUGAGAGGACUGGGGAGUUGUCUGAGGAUUGAAAGGAAGGACUGCGCGGAUUGUUUACGUGGGCGGUGGAGGAGAUCCACAAAAGAUGAGAUGGAUCGGCUGGCUCUCCAUCAGAGCGAUUUUUGGCGCAUUGUGGAAGAGGAGUGACAGUGACACAGACCACAAGAUAUGAUACCCUUUUCCUUAUCUAAAGUCAGAGAGUAUGGGAUAUGGUGUCCUACUCUCAUACAUACAGGAGACACCACCCGAUGCAAAUCAAAAGCAAACUCCGGGACUUAAUGACGGAGUCCAUUCGAACGUAGUGCUCUCACAGCUGCAAUACCAAAUCAC